AUGGAUGCUCAUGUUAGACGGACUCCUGAGCAAGUAGUCAAUGAGAGGCAUAAUAGUAGUUCUACUCAGACUACUAUAGAGAACCGUUUUAGGACACCAGAACAAAAAGCUAGAGAUGAUUAUCACAUUGCUAAGUGGUUGUAUCAGCAAGGUAUCCCAUUCAAUGCUAUUAAGGCAAGGACCUUUGAGGUGAUGUGCGAGUCUAUUGCACAAUAUGGUUCUGGAUAUAUUCCACCUUCAUAUCAUCAAGUGAGAGUGCCAUUGUUAAGAAAUGCUGUGAAUGAAACUGCAAAGAUGAAGAAAAAAUAUGAAGAGUAUUGGAAGCAGUAUGGGUACACUCUUAUGUCUGAUGGAUGGACGGAUAAACGGGGAAGGCACUUAAUUAAUUUUCUCGUUAACUGUCCAGAGGGGACUUAUUUCAUGGGAUCUGUUGAUGCAUCUGGUAUGGUUCAAAGUGCACAAAUGCUAUUUGAAUUGCUUGAUAGCAAAAUUGAUGAGAUUGGUGAGGAUUAUGUCAUUCAAGUUGUGACUAAUAAUGCUUCAAACUAUAAGUUAACUGGUGGUCUGAAAGACUUUAAGAAUGUGAUAGGUAAGGCAAAAAAAAUAACCACCUUCAUCUACAGGCACACACGUCUUCUUGAUGCAAUGAGGAAAAGAACUGGACAAAAAGAUCUUGUGAGAGCUGCAGUUACGAGAUUUGCAACUGCUUGUUUGACAUGUCAGAGCUUAGUUAGGCAUAAGGAUACAUUGAAGCAUUUGUUUAAUUCUGAUGAGUGGAAGGGUUCUAAUUUGUCAAAGACAGAGGAUGGAAAGAAAGUGGAAGAAACGGUGUUUGCUGUACCAUUUUGGAACACUGUGGAGGAUUUUAUUAGAGCAUCGAAGCCACUUAUUGUUGUUUUGAGGAUUGUUGAUGGUGAUGAGUGGCCUGCAAUGCCUGAAGUUUAUGUUGCUAUGGAAGAGGCAAAAAAGAAAAUACGUGAACAUUUAGCACAUAAAGAACGGCUGUGGAAGAAAAUUAUAAGUAUCAUUGACAGGCAUUGGGAGUGUCAGAUGGAGCGUCCAUUGUAUGGAGCCGCACUAUUUCUUAAUCCCGGAAAAUUUUUCAUGUUCAAGGAAAAUGAAAAUGGCAAACUGAUUGCCAAUCUACACAUCUCAUUGGUUGAUGUCAUGACCAGAUUGGUAGUUGACCCUGCUAUACAGACAAGAUAA